AUGAACGACAGCGCCGCAGGAGAGGUGAGUGUCAUAUCCUUGGGCACUUCUUCGGUCUCAACCCCACCUACCGACAUAAGCAUAAAUGUCGGCGCAGAUCCAAACUCCACCGUGUCGGAUGUCAAGACACCCCAAAGUAGCGGGGCAGAUCACUCGCCAAAUUCCGAUUUCGAGGAAGGUGCCUCAGGGGAACCAGUGACACAAACCGGCGGGGAGGGAGGUGUUUCCAGUGAACAAGACAGGGAUCAGUGUGAAGAUAAUCAGGUAUCUUGGGCAACUUUAUACUGCCCAGAGAAUGGACGAUCCCAUGCGACCCUCCUAGAUUUUGGGCUUGGUGAAUGCCCCAAGUGCAGUCAGAAUUUGAUGGCUAUGUGGACGCAGCCCGCGUGGCCUCAGCAAGAAUUCGAGAAUCCGCAAGAAUACAGCAGUCAGCGGUUCAAUAACGAGGCAGGACCACCUUUGCCUAUGAAUGGGGAAGCUGAGCAAUCGGCUCCCGCGCCUGAGGUACACGGGGACCCCAAGACCAAGCCUUCCUCCAUUGUCACCUAUUGCCUGGAGUAUCGAGAUAGCGGGAAUAACAUUAUCACCACAGUGCCAUGGGCAGGGCCCUUCGACAGCUCUGUAAUUCGGAAAAAUGCCGAAGUGAAGCAGGUCGUCAUCUUCAAUGUCACCACCGUUCUGGAAACGUCUGUACCAUCGGAUCCCCACAGGUACGCACAUGAAACCGAGGGCCUACUACAAAAUGGUAUCAUAACGAACCCGAUAAUCGACGUUGGGGUCCAUUCCACCCGCAUAACUAUCUUUUCCAAGUCGCUCCUCAAUGCCCUCGCUCACGUGGUAACUUACUACCCAGCUGAAAGACUGGGAGGGGAAUAUAUCCAGCUCAAUGCGCCAUUCACAUUAAUUGGCCAUCAUCUUAGCGAGCUUGAAGCUUACCGAGCGACAUAUCGCGAAGAUGAUGUUGGUUCUUCACAGCCAGAUGCCGCAGAUCAUGAGUCUGUCCUCCCAAUAUGCGACAAGGAAACAUUUGAUCAGCUAGGCCUUCUGCUUCAUUUUGUGAAAGACUCAUUUUAUAAGGAUCGUCUCAGCGAUGAACUUGCGCGGCAUUCUCGGAACCGUUGCACAUUCCCAAUGUUAUGGUUACUCUUCAAACCCGGAGAAACUGUCUAUAUGGAGUCAGGGGGUCAACUGUCAGCCUACGUGGUCCAAUAUAUGCAGGUUGACAGAACCCUGCUCUCAUCCACUAGUCGAAAGUUUACUCAUCCCUAUAUCAUCCAGUUGUGGAAUCUUGAUUUCAAUGGGACAUUUGUCGGGAGGCGCUCUAGAACCGUGACUAUCGCACACUUUGAUGGCGAACGACAAGUCACCUCGCUCAAGAUCUUCCCAGGCCACUUUAUCGACAGGCAGGACAACGGAAGGACUCGAAAGCACUUAGAGGAUCUUGGACAAAAAUGGUAUGAGCUUCUUCAGGGAAAGCAGGUGUUCUACUCGGGCGAGUUCCUGGGUCCAUCUAAGCGACAGUACCAAGGUCGCGUCUAUGUCGACUCAGCUUCAUAUUUCGCACAGCACGAGUACACAGCUCCAGAUAUCUGCGAAGUCGAGGACAUGGGCGAUGGACUAGCCAAGUGCCUCUGCGAAGAAUGUCGUGGCUGGAAACCUCACCCGUUGCCUGACUUCCGGUGGGCCGCUUAUGAUCUUCUGGACCCGAGAGCGGAUAAAGAUCUUGAGCUUCCUCAGUCCCCGGAAGGUGCUCGUCAUCGCUAUUUACUCUGCAGUCGGGUGCUUUAUGGGCUUGUCCUGAAGUCCAGGACAUGGGAGGAACUCAAUGUGGCAUAUUGCCAGGAGCCGAAAGUGAACAGAAGGGCCAUUGAUAGUCUGGUUAUGCCCGAAGCGAGAAAGGAAAUGAUUCGAGCUCUUGUGCAGAAAUACACAGAUCCCACGCCGGACAAGCGCAGUAAAUCGUGGGGAGCCGACUUCAUUGAGAACAAAGGCGAAGGGCAGAUAUUCCUCCUUCAUGGUAGUCCGGGUGUUGGGAAAACCUUUGUAAAAUGUAUAGCCGAAUACACCGGACGGGCAUUGUUAUCGCUGACCGUUGGAGACAUCGGUACGGACGAAGUCGUAAUGGAGAAACAGCUGUCUAAAUGGUUCAGACUAGCCGAACAAUGGGGCGCGGUUAUGCUCAUCGACGAGGCGGAUGUUUAUCUAGAGAGGCGACAGAUUACAGAUCUUAAGCGCAAUAGCCUGGUAUCCGUGUUCCUUCGAUGUAUCGAAUACUACCGAGGGAUCUUAUUCCUGACGACUAACCGGGUCGGCCAUUUCGACGACGCCUUCAUCUCCCGAAUUCACGUUGUCAUUCGGUACGACAAUCUGAGCGAAGAAAACCGGAGAACAAUCUGGGAACAAUUUUUCGACAAGUUGACCGACGAGCGCCAUGAUUUCGUUGUGACUCGGCGUGCAAAAUCUUAUGUCUUAGAGGAUGAAGUGAUUAGCAAAAUGCAAUGGAAUGGACGAGAAAUCCGUAAUGCCUUUCAAACGGCCGUUGCUCUCGCCGAAUACCGCUUCUCCCAGAAACCGGACAAGUCCAAAGACGACGGACCGACCUUAGACCAGCGAGACUUUGAGCAAGUGUGCAACAUGACGAGAGACUUUAAGCAGUAUCUUACCAUCGUGCACGGUAUCGAUGAGGAGGAUCGCGCGUUCCAUGCUAAAGGUAACUUUAUCAACAUUCUGCCACCUACCCUACCCAUUUGGGGUACCCAAUCAGCUCCCCCAAUCCUCCGAGAAGUCGAAAGAAUCGCGAAAAUCCACUUUACUUGA